AUGUCGAGCAAUGGCCCUAAAUACGUGAGUAACAGAAAGUUUGCCAGAGGAAAUUAGAAAAUUUACGAAGUCAAGGCGGAACCUCUGUGCAACGAAACCUUUCUAUAACAAAACAUUUCAAAGGUCACAAGAGAAAAUAUUAGGCUAAAAUCCACUUCUGUAAACAAAUCCCACUUACGACGAUAUCGUUUUAGUCAGCCUUAAUGUUAAGGAGUUUCGUCUUGCUUUCUUUUCUCCAAAAUUGAUGGUAACAUUUCAGAGACCUCUUGACAACACAGAAAAGUUAGAAGUCCAAAAAAUCAUCGAGGGCUUGUUUGAGAACAGCAGCAAUUCCUCAGACUUUCUAAAUUCAGAGCAACUUCAACUCAACGCAGACAUGUUUACAUAUGCCGAGAAGUGGCUGGCGUGUGACGAUCCCAACGUUGAUUUACCGACUUCCUUUCCAUACAAAGACGAUUAUCGGUUCAGCUCUACUUGUCAUGACAAAGUAAGAAACUUCAGAACCGGACUUCAUGGUGAACCAACUCAUUUAUGGUCCCUAGACAGAUAUUUCUAAACUGUCCUUAACUUGUUAGAGAGGCUUCAAUUGCGAAGUGAACACUUGACACCUCAUGGAAAAACUUGACUCAAAGUUUUCUUUUAGGGUCAUGGCAGCAAGCAAGUAGUCGUCAUCGGGAACAGUCAUGGAAGAGCACUGAUUGACGGUCUGAAAUACUAUUUCCGAGAUAUUUACGACGACCUUUACGUCAUCUCACGGGAUCUUUGCACGCCUUUCAUGAGUCACACAAUGCCGGAACAUAGGGUAACCUGGUUUUCUAAGAUGAUUCUGGUUAUGUUCAGGAGGCCUGUCAGAAGUUUGAAGGGGUUUGGGAGCCUUUAUUGCAAAAUUGGGGCAACCCAAUAGACAUCAUCAUCGUUGGCCUGCAAUAUCUCCCGGAUUUGGACCCCAUAAUAGUGGAUUGGAAUAGUGACGAGUAUCUACAGGCCAUGGAAGAGUUUUACCGCAAAAUGAGCAGCAUUGCAAAAGAAAUCGUCUUCAUUCCAAUGGUGCACUUCAACUGGGAGUUGGAGCCGUUUAUGCAGAUUUUGCAGCAAAAACUGUAUUUCGGAAAAAGUUUAGAGAGGUUUCAUAAACAUUUCGAGGUAAACGAGUCGUAAAUAAGCAACUACAAAACUAAUUUAGAUUGAAGACAGCUACUUACGCAAUGUUCAAAGACGCUUGGAUCGAAUGAAAUGUAAAAAAUGCGUAAAGGUCAAUUACCGCGAGGCUUGGUGCCACAACAAUCUUUGUUCUGCACUUGACAGUAAGAACAUUUCAUACUUCAGAGAUACCACUCAUGUUACGCCUUAUGGAUCGUUAGUUUAUGGGGGAUUGUUGAGAAAAUUGUAUGAUCAAUAUGUGGGCUACGAAAUUGUAAAAUAA